UAUCACUGCAACCACAUUACUGUGAUUUCCAGAGCAGUCUCCUUUGUUGGCGAAACGCCGGGGCAGCUAUCAGCUAUGGCGAACUCAGAGGAGCUUGAUCCCAACUUCCCUCCAGGCCUUCACUUGGUCUCCGCCUUCCUCGCCAUGGAGCCUUCCGACUCGUUAAUCUCCAUUGCAAGGGCGUGCGGCGGAGGGAUAGUUUCAGAGAAUGUCCAGAAGUUUAUAUGGGAUCACUGCAUAAACCAAGCUGCUGCCAUAGGUUAUGCCCCUUACUUGAAGAAUUUUGUGAAGAAGCUUAUUUUUGAAGUAGAGUCAACUCACGGGUGUGUGUUGGACGAACUAUACGAGCAUUAUGGUUAUUACAUGACCUCAUUGAAGUCUGGCUCAAUGUCUAGUUCAUGGUCUGUGCGUGUAUUGUGGAUAGGUUCUCUUGAACUUUCAAGUUGUCCCAAAUCGAGAAAGUUGGUGGUUCCUCUCAAUUGCUCCCUUAACAUGCUUGAAGGGGAUACCGGGUGUUCUGUUUGGCCUUCAAGUCUGUAUUUGUCCGAGUUUAUACUUUCUUUCCCAGAUAGAUUCUCCAAUAAAACCUGCUUUGAGGUUGGUUCUGGCGUUGGCUUGGUUGGAGUUUGUCUUUCUCAUGUCAAAGCUUCGAAGGUUGUAUUAUCUGAUGGUGAUCUGUCAACUUUGGCUAAUACGAAGCUUAAUUUGGGAUUAAACCGUAUAAGCACCAGAAUGGAUGUGCAAGAGAAAUGUGGUGCGGCAAGACCAUGCAGAGAGCAGGUUCUAAGCUCCAUGGAAACCGAUGAGGAAAAGGUUGUAAAAGAUGUAAUCUUCGGUCCGGGAAGAAAGAGGUACACAUUCUGUAAGUUAGAAAUACUUGCCAAGGAAGCCAACUCAAAACAACAUUCAAAUAUGGAUUUUUGGCUAAGGCAUGGUACCGUUGUUGGUAGCCUACUUUCUCGAGGGGAAGCCUGGAAGCACAGUUUCAAGCCUCGACAAGAUGGAAGCUCAAUGCUGGGAAAAUGGCAGGAAUUGUCCAAGUGUCAAACAGUGAGCAGCAUAGCUACUUUGGAGCUUCACUCUGGGAAGAUGGUGCUGAAUCGAGAGAGAAGCUUCAGGCCACAUGAAACUACGUAUUUCCUAGUACAGAAGCAAGGAGUUAGGUGAUCGAGUUCAUACCAAAAAGACCUCCAUCGAAUAGCUCAAAGAUGGUAUGGAGGCAAGUUGGAGGACUUGGGCAGGAAGGCAGAGUUGGAGUACUUGUUGUAUUCGGAUUGGCCUGUUCUUUUUAGUUUCCUUGUUGGUUUAAGUUUAAGUUUCGUUUUAGGUUUAUUUGGAUUGAACUUAAACCUCACGUAAGGUCUGUAAGACAGUAAGAGGCAGUUGAUGAUUGAGUUAAGAUUAAACCCAAAAAACUAAGUGUCGUGCUUGUUUUUGGUUGAGGGCUUGGCCGAGAAACCCAAGCUCGAAUUGAGCUCUUGUAUCGAUCAAAACCGC